AUGGCGGCAUCGAGCGCGCCACACCCCUCGGAGCUGUGCAUCCAGUGCUCCAUACCGAUUGAGUUCGACGAGGAUGAGUUCCUUGUGGACAUGUGUGUCGCAUGCGACCGCGUGCGGCACCGCCGUCUUAGCGCCGAGAGGCGGCGCUCCUCCGAUGCCUGCAGCCCGGACUCGGUGAUGGCCGCCGGGUUCGAGGGUCUGUCGGUCGAAGCGAAGAGCGCUGCGACUGGGCAGACGGUUGAGUUUGCACCUCCAAAGACGACAUUUGUCUUCGGUGCUGAGCCGACUGCGCAGCGGCCGCCUGUGCCGACCCAGUGGCAGCUGAGGGUCUCUGGGCUACACCCGGACGUCAGCGCGAUGCAGGUGCGUGCGAAGUUCUCGCCGUUUGGCGAGCUACUGCAGGAGGCGGAGACCGUCAAACAACCCAUUUCGCGAGGAGCGUGGAAGCCGAAGCGACUGACGGUGCGAGAGCAGCUGGCGUUGCUCCUCGCGCUGCAGCCCUCGCUCAAGUUGCUCACAGAGACCCCGACAGCAGAAGAGGCGAGGAACACGGCUUGCGUUUUUUCAGAAAGUCGCUCACAGUUUCGUGAAGAUCUUCUGAUGCUCCCAAUGCUGUUGCAUGUCGCCGACAACAAGCCGGGUACAUUUGUCGAGCUUGGCGCAUUCGAUGGCGUUGAUAGCUCCAAUUCCAUCAUGCUUGAGCGCUGCUUUGGAUGGACAGGCCUUCUGAUCGAGGCAAACCCGAGUACCUACGCGAAACUCCUGCACAGUGGCCGCAAAGCUCGCAUGAUCAACUCUGCCAUCUGCGACGCUGAUGCCAAUGAGGGACAAACGGUGCGCAUGCUCACCAACGGUGGCAGCGUUGCUUCAUUACGUCAAUUUCAGAACGAGUUUACAGCGUGGCGUUGGCACGCAAAAUGGAACACCACCGUCCGUCAUGAGACGGCCGCUAUCCCAGACUGCUACGUCUGCUACGUCUGCCUGCAGCCAGGAGGCAUCACCAACAUUUGCGCCUGCAGCUCCGCCGCGUAUCCCGGCGGUAGCGCGAUUCACCUUGCCUGCCAGCAAACGCUGAUUGACCUACACUAUGAGCAGCCCCCGUAUCUGAGAGCGGGCAGGCCGUCGUGCACCAUCUGCAAGGCCCCGUGGACGAACGUUGUGGUCAAGAAGCAGCCGCCCGUCCUCUUCAAGCCGGACCUGCCUCGCGUCGCCCUCGCGGUCUGCGCCGCGGUUUGCCUGAUCAUCAUCGGCUUCGGGCUGCUCGCCGGUGGGCUCGCGCUCGUCAUCAAGGUGCACCCGGACACGCAGUCGAUGAGAAACAACGAAGAUGCCGACACUGUGGCACUGUUCGAACUUCAUGUGCUGCGAGCCAACGCAAGGCUCCCGUCGUCGGCGCUGCCCUGCUGA